AACCUGGCACCACGCCAUGUCUACACUACGUGGAAAGCAGAGGAAAGUACAAGCGUUUGGGUGAAUUCGGCUCGAAUGCUGAAUGUUCUCCACUCAGAAAAGCAGCAGGAAGAGCAGGAAGGUCUGAGGAAAAAUGCAACACAAAGGAUUGUGUUUUUGGACGACUUGGUGUGCACGCCGUCGCGCCAGGACAAUCUGCUUAUCCUUGGCCUUCAUAACAAUUUCCCUCCACCUCCUCCUGGUGCUUGUGUCUCUUUCCAUUCACCACUUGCCCUGUGACACCCCUCAUCCACCCAGGACACACGUCCUCAGAGACUUGGCUCGCACCAACUACACGUCCACGGGGAUCAGAAGUGAUCCAUCUGGAAACCAUCAAAGACACAUUUCCAGUGAAGAUGGCAAAAUGGACACAAACAGUCAUGUUAAAGGACCUUAUAAUAAAGGUUUAACAACAACAGGAGGCAGAAAGACCCAAAUGAGUGGGCCUGGGAGCACAGGCCCCUCUGGAGCUGACAGAUCAGGAUCUUGGGAGUCUGACCUGCUGAAGAUGAAAGCGCUGUUUGACCAUCCACUUUACAGCACACCCCGACCUGCAGUUCCUGAGGAUGACUGGCUUCUGAAAGUGAAACCGAAGGUCAAAGCAAGUGAAAAGAGCUCUCUGAUGUGGAAAAGCGACACCCAAGAUGGAUAUGAGGACAUCCAAUGGAACAGAAGCAGUGAGAGCCACCCUCCUUGGCUGCGCUUCCAUCUGGGAAUCACACGCUGGGAGCUCUACCCCCAUCAGGACCCCAACAUGGAGCUGUUGGUGCAGCACCUCGCCACCCACCGCAUUGUCAGUGCAGUGCAGAAAUCCGGAGGGACACAAUUGAAACUGGUGAUGUCAUUUCCCAACUAUGGACAAGCCUUGUUCAAACCUAAGAAGCAGGAAAGAGAUGAAGAGUCCAACUAUAACCUCUACUAUUUCUCAGACUUUGAGAGACACAAUGCAGAAAUUGCAGCUUUUCACCUGGACAGGAUUUUGGGUUACAGGAGGAUCCCCCCCGUGGUCGGGAGGCUGGUGAAUGUGAUAAAGGAGAUCAAAGAUGUCACUACUGACCGCAAGUUGGCCAGAACCUUCUUUACUUCCCCUGUGGGCAAUGUGUGCUUCUAUGGCCAGUGCUCUUAUUACUGCUCCACUGAGCAUGCUGUGUGUGGCCAUCCUCGGGACCUUGAGGCCUCCUUGGCUGUUAUGCUGCCAGAUCUGUCUCUGGCCACCCGCAGGAGCUGGAGAUCCCCGUGGAGGCGCUCCUACAGCCGCAGCAAGCUGGCAAGUUGGGAAGCAGACCCUGAUUAUUGUGAAACAAUAAAAAAGACCCCACCAUAUGACAAAGGGACAAGACUGGUGGACUUCAUGGAUAUGGUCAUACUGGACUUCUUGAUGAGUAACAUGGACAGACAUCACUAUGAAACCUUUGAGAAGUUUGGCAAUGAUACCUUUCUGCUGCACCUUGACAAUGGGAGGGGAUUUGGGCGUCACUCAAAAGACGAACCUUCUAUUUUAGCCCCACUGACACAGUGCUGCAGAAUCCGUCACUCCACCUGGCUGCGUCUUCGGCUCCUCUCUUUGCCUCAGUAUCAUAUUAGUGACGUGAUGAGAGCCUCGCUGUCCCAGGAUCCUCUUCACAAGGUGGCCCCACUGCUCUCUGAGCCUCACCUCGCCGCUCUCAGUAGACGUUUGAAAACUGUCCUGGAGACUGUAAGUCAUUGCCAGGAGCAACGGAGAAAUGAUGGCAGUGGCCAGAAUGUCAUCUAUGAUGACCUUGCACAUUUGAAAUGGAGCACUAAAGAGUGAGCAGCAUCCCACCUCUCUCUUGUAUCAUCUGUUAUAUAAAACAUGUCCUGCAAGAAAUCUUUUAGUAGCUCACAAUCAGAGCAUAAACAUGGUUUUGGGGGAAAUUUCCAGUACAUCACUGAGAAACAAAAUAAUGGAGGUAACUUUUAGCAUGAAUGCCAGCCACAAACAUUACCGAGAUUUUUUAUUUUGACUGCAUUAGACGCAUAUUUUCAUUAUUCGAUCACAUUUCAGGGUAAGAUCACAUUUCUUUUCUGUGUGUGUGUGGGGUGUGUGUGUGUGUGUGUGUGUGGGGGGGGGGGGGGGGAUUGUUUAGUCAUGUGAACAGUGAAUGAAAUCAUCUCCGAUCUGUAAAUGUGUGUGUGUUGUGUGUACAUAAUAACGUAAGUUCUGCUUUAAUAAUUUUCAUUAUAAACAAAAUCUGCUGGUUUUAGAAGCAUUAAUGUCAGUAUAUCGGUAUGGGCAAAUAUCGGUUAUCGGCCAUAAUGAUCUUAAUAUCGGAUAUUGAUAUCGGCCUAAAAAUUUCAUAUCAGUGCAUCACUAAUUGGGUUGUGGAAAGAACCUAAGAGGGAUAUCACUAUUUAUCUUUUUUUUUUUUUUGUCUUUUUGUCUCAACCAAGCAAAAUCUGAACCAGUCUGCUUCUUAUGCAUCUUAUUGAGCUUAAUUGUUAUUGUUUAUAAAAGAUUCUUCUUUACCAAUGGUUGUUUUGUGUCUGAAAGUUGUAAACUGUGACUUGAAUCAUUAAAGGU